UCAUUAUCUCCAGCCAGCUUCCCCCUUCUCCGCAGUCCCCACCACUACUUCGAAAAGCAGUGAAAAAGGGAAAAGAAAAAGAAAAGAAAACAACCGUUUUGGGGGGGAGUACCUCGGCUUCUCCUCCGUCCCAUUUCGAAGGGCAGAUCGAAAGUCUUUUGCUGCACGUGCAGAUGGAAGCAUGCUCUUUCAGCUCUCUACUUCUUAUUUUCUUGAGCCUUCUGUUGAGUUUGUGGUCAGCUGCUGGAAUUAGGUUUGUGAUAGACAGGGAAGAAUGUUUCUCUCAUUCAGUUCCCUACGAAGGAGAUACAGUUCGUGUGUCAUUUGUUGUGAUCAAAGCCGAAAACUCAUGGCAUUAUGGUGAUGAGGGUGUUGAUUUUGUGGUGAAGAGCCCUCAUGGUGAUCAACUCCAUGAUGCUCGUGACAAGACAAGUGAAAAGUUUGAAUUCAUAGUCCAGAAAAAAGGUCUUCACCGUUUUUGUUUCACCAACAACUCCCCCUAUCAUGAAACCAUCGACUUUGAUAUACAAGUUGGCCAUUUCACACACUUUGAUCAGCAUGCAAAAGAUGAGCAUUUUUCCCCUUUGUUGGAACAAAUUGCUAAGUUAGAAGAUGCUCUUUACAAUAUACAGUUUGAGCAGCACUGGCUGGAGGCACAGACCGACCGCCAAGCACUGGUGAACGAAGGGAUGAGCAGGAGGGCAAUACACAAGGCACUUUUUGAAUCAGCAGCGCUCAUUGGAGCUAGUAUUCUCCAAGUUUUCCUCCUCCGUCGCCUUUUUGAGCGGAAGCUGGGCAUGUCAAGGGUUUAGGCCUCUCAUCACUGCAGAGUAUUGCUAACCUCUUGAAGAUCAGAUACUUGAACUUUCAAGGACCUUCACCGUAUUUGUAGUUCCAUUCUUAAAAUUUUGUAUGGUGUUUUUUUAAAUUGAGAUGAAAACAUUUCUUAAUGGAAAGUUUCUAAUAGAAGGAGUUUAGAUAUGGUAAA